UUGAAUCAAUACUUCAAAUGUUAACAGACCGAGGUGCUCGUCUUGAAACUUUUAUUAUUGAGAAUGUCCGUGUAUAUAAUUAUAAUGAAGUUUAUGGAUUAUGGACAAAACCACGCUAUGCCUCAAUACUCAAUACCCUUAUUCGCGUUGAAGUACAUUUCCCUUUUAUGAAUAAUGAUUUCAUAAAGCCAUUAGCGGAAAAUUGCACGAGACUGUCCCAUCUCGAUAUUAAUAUUUACAAUGACUACAAUAACUGUAAAUUUGCUGAAGAAUCGAUCAAUUCUCUUGAGAAACUCAUCUCUGCUCAGCGAUACCCUUUGAAUCUUCGGUUGGAGUUACCAAACGGACCUGGGGACAUGCUUAUCAAAGCAUUUCAGUCCCGACUUGAAUCUUUUAAUCGACUUGAACUCAUAAAAUGGAACUUUUCCGGAUGUGAUUGGAGUUGGUUAAAUAAUUGUCCAAAUUUGACCGAAUUUGCAAUUACAAAUUCUUCACUCUCUAGAAUUUUGAGUACAGAGCAUAGACCUGAUUAUUUUAAACCAUCGAAAAAUAAUUGGAUAACUGAACAUUUGCGAUUUUACAAAAGUGCCGGAAUAUCUUCAAUGCCAAAAUUUUACUUUCAUCCCACUGUAAUUCAACGACCGCUCAGGAUAAUCCACCAACCAGAGAAUUCUUCGAUCGCGCUGUUGCGUAGUAGAAUCGAUAGAAUCGAAAAAUUGGUUAAUGAACUUUCAAAUAUAACGAAUAAAAAAUUCGAAGAAAUUCCCCAAAUUCCCCAAAUUCCCAGAAUUCCCAAAAAUCAAAGAAUUCCCAUAAUUCCCAAAAAUCAAAGAAUUCGAAGAAUUCCCGGAAUUCCCAGAAAUCAAAGAUUGUUUGUAUCAAGAGAAUGA